AUGUUAUUAUUUGAAGGAGAGCCAGCUUUAUUCUUUUUAUUUAUCAUAUCAACAUUGAGUUUGUUGAUUGGUGGUUGCUUAUGGGGAUCAGGCGAAGAUGAAGGUGCAGUAACUAAAAUGACUAUUGGCAUCGUAAUAUUUACUAUAGGAUGCGCUACUACCGUAGCAUUUUUUGUCACAUACACGAUAAAACAAAUUAGAAAAAAACGGAAACGCAAAAAGGAAAUUGAACGUAUUUUACAAUUAAAAGAAGAAGUCAAUGCAUAUGAAGUAUAUAAACCACAAAUCAGUAAAAUGACAGAUGAAGGUUAUGAUAAUGAAGGUAUAGAUCAUAAUGAACGGACAACAACUCUUUAA